AUGACAGCAGGCAACAAGAAGGUUGACAUGAACACUGUGGUCAUGGGCCAAGUCGGAGCUGGGAAGUCAACCACAACUGCCUAUCUCAGCUCUAAACUUCGAGUUACUGACAUUGACAAGAAUGUCUCUAAAGAGUUAGACAAGACAAAAAAGAAACCAUUCAAGUAUGAUCGGAAGCUUAAGGAGCUCAUGGAUAAGCUCAAGGAUAAGCAUGAGCAUGGUACCUCAAUUGAUAAACUGUCAAAGUUUAAGACAACCAAGUUCCUCGUCAUAGUCACUGAGGUUCGUGGUGGUGGUGGUCACGACUAUAUUGAGAGCAUGAUCACCGGCAUUUCUCAGGCUGACUGUGCCAUUCUAAUUGUUGAUUCCACCGCUGGUGGUUCCACUUCUGCUCCUUACAAGUUAGAUGAACAGACUCGUGAGCAUGCAUUACUUGCUUUCAACCUUGGUAUCAAACAGAUGAUCUGUUGCUGCAACAAGAUGGAUGCCACCACUCCCGAGUACUCGGAGGACAGGUAUAAUGAAAUUAAGGAAUCAGUCUCUUCCUACAUGAAGGAGGUUGGCUACAAUCCUGACAACAUCCCUUUCAUUCCUAUCUCUAGUUCAAAGGGUGACAACCUCAUUAACAGGUCUACCAACCUCCACUGGUACAAAGAUCCAACUCUUAUUGAAGCACUUAACCAAAUUCGGGAACCAAACCAACACUCUAACAAGCCUCUCAGGUUUUCAUUUAAGGGUCAUGUCAAGGUUGGCAUGAAUGGUACUCUUGGAGUUGGUCGAAUUGAGACGGGAAUCCUCAAGCCUGGUACGAAGGUUACGAUUGGACCAAUUGGAGUCACUACAAAAGUUAAGUCUGUUGGAAUAAACUAUGAAUCAGUUCAGAGGGCCUUGCCUGGAGACAUUGUUGGUAUCCACUUGAACAAAAAGAUUGAUGUUAAAUGCGGAUAUGUUGCUUCCAACUCUGAGGAUGAUCCUGUAAAAGAAGCUAUUAGCUUUACAUCCCAGCUCUUUAUACUGAAAUGCCCUGGAGGAUGUUUGAAUAUUCCUGAGGGAUACAUAGCAACGCUUCAUUGCCAUACCUUUGAAGGUGAUGUCAAGUUUGACAAGAUCAUGGGCAAGUCCAACUUGAUGUCCAGUGAUAAUAAUGAUCAAGAGCUUACUCAUAAUGUGGAUCUCCAAUGUUUGGUAAAGGGUGAUGUUGCUAUUGUGAAGAUGGUUCCGGUGGAAACCAUGGUUGUGGAGGGCUUUGUGAAGUAUCCGCCAUUGGGACGCUUUACUAUUACUGAUCACAUGAAACGAAUUGUUGGUGUUGGGGUCAUUACGGGUGUGGAGAGGAAGAAAUAUAGAGAUGGAGAUAAUAAGAAGUCUGUUUUCAUCAAAGGAUUGAAGUGGUUAGCGAAUACACUGGGUCAUGUACUUUUGGAAAUAUUGAUCGGCUGUGCUGUAGAUCAAGUUUUCGAUUGUUUAGAGCGAAGCUCUAAGACUGAAGAAGAUGCCAACCAGGACACCAACAAGGACAAUGAAGGGCAGAACUCUAGCUAA